AUGGAUGCAUUUGCUAACGAUAGUAUGAUCAAGAUCGGAGCAUUGCUAGACGAGGGUUUACUACUCGAUGUAAAAGCUCGGAAGGUUAUGGGAAAAGAGUUGCGAAAUUAUGAGACUCAAGCGAUCGUAUUCGAAGACAAGGGUUUGGAAGUGGCGAGGAUAUCCCGCAUUGGCGAUUACAUCUCGCGUCGACUAAACAUCACGGUUGACAGUGGAGAGUUUCUUCGCAUGGUUUACGUGGAAACGAAUGUUGAUCGAGUUCUUGCUCGAACUAUUGACAAUUUGUUAGAUGGGAAAGAUGUACCCAAAUGCCUGCGAGAGGCGGUCAGAGGAUCAGACUUAGUGUAAAU